AUGGAAAUUGAAAAAGAGAUUCCAACCUCAUUCUGCAAAGACAUUCCCAAUCUCCUUUCUUCUUUCGUCGAUACCUUCGUCGACUUCUCAGUCAGCGGCCUCUUCCUCCCACCACCUCCGCCGCCAUCUCCGCCGCCCACCAGACUCCCCUCCUCCAAACGCCUCAUCGCCAUUGGCGACCUCCACGGCGACCUCAACAAGUCAAAACAAGCGCUACGCCUCGCGGGAUUAAUCGACUCCUCCGACCGCUACACUGGAGGCUCCGCCACUGUUGUACAAGUCGGCGACGUCCUCGACCGCGGCGGGGAGGAGGUCAAAAUUAUUUACCUUCUGGAGAAGCUGAAACGCGAGGCAGCUCGUUGCGGUGGAAUCUUCAUAACGAUGAACGGAAACCAUGAAAUCAUGAAUAUCGAAGGGGAUUUUCGUUAUGUAACGGAACCUGGGGUGGAGGAGUUUAGGGUUUGGUUAGAAUGGUUCCGCGAAGGUAACAAGAUGAAGAGUCUCUGUCAUGGUUUGAAACCGCCGAAAGAUCCGUUAGAAGGUGUUCGCGUCGAAUUUCGCGGCGCAAAUAAGGAGUUUCAUGAAGGGUUUUGCGCUAGGGUUGCAGCUUUGCGGCCAAACGGCCCGAUUUCUAGAAGGUUUUUUACCGACAAUGUAACUGUGUUGGUUGCUGGCGAAUCGAUUUUCGUUCAUGGUGGUUUGUUGCCAGAACACGUUUCUUACGGGUUGGAGAAGAUUAACGCGGAAGUAAGUGAUUGGAUUAAAGGUUCGACUGGCCGGUUUUCACCACCUUAUUGCCGUGGGAGGAAUGCCGUUGUUUGGCUUAGGAAAUUCUCUGAUGAGGUUGCUGUGAAUUGUGAUUGUUCAACUCUUGACCAUGUUCUGUCUACUAUUCCUGGUGUUAAGAGAAUGAUCAUGGGUCAUACUAUUCAGAUGAAUGGGAUUAACGCGGUUUGCGAUAACAAGGCAAUUCGAAUCGAUGUGGGCAUGUCGGACGGAUGUGGUGGUGGCUUGCCUGAGGUUUUGGAAAUCAAUGAGACUUUUGGAGUGAGGAUAUUGACAUCAAAUCCGUUGUAUCAGAAUAAAGAAAGUGCUUCUGGAUUUGAUGUUGGGAGGCAGGAAGGUCUUGGAUUGUUGCUUAGUGAACAUGGUAGACCUAUGCAAGUCAAAGUUAAGGCUUAA